GCUUUGUGCGCAACACUCCUCAAUGGGCGAUGACGGAGAAGACCACGAUGCCUUUGCGACGGACGGCCUGUGGAAACCCUCGUCCUUCUUCGAAGACCCCGCGACGCACAAGACGUCGCUGUUCGCGCCCAUACAGCUCGACGUGCCCCAGAUAAAGCUCCACCAUCCGUAUGCGCCUACCAAACCCCUCGAACAGGAGCUGCGUCUGCCUGACAUUGAGUCUUUCGAGUUCGGACCCCUUCCUGAGCUCGAUGGCUUCGAUGAAUCUUCGGUAUCCAUCGACACCCCCCCGCCACCACACGAGGACGAUGUCUGGGAAGUUGCUUUGGAGUUAGGCCCUGCAAAUAAACACAUAACAUUCUUCACAUGGGAAUGGUUCGAAAAUUCAGAGCACGUGGAAACAAAUACACCGUACAUCACAGAGUCUGGUCCAGCUGCCUUCGACGCAGCUCUCGUUUCUGACGAUUCCAAGACGACUGCUGGACGCGUUAUCAAGGACCGUGUGCUGCUAGAGUCUCUCUGGAAUCUCGGUCUGGGACGGUCUUCCAUCCUUUUCUCCUUCAAUGCGAAAUUGCGCUCCUUCGAGUCCGCCAUAGCAGACGGUAGAGCCUCUGGCGUCAGCCCUCGCACAGCCCAGAGCGUCACCAACCAGUUCAUCCAUACCGGGAACACCUUCCUCCACCUCCGCUCAUUCGUGGAGCGCACUUUUGCUGCUGCCGACUCUAUACCCGCGAGAGUCGCCUUGGCCACAGCCGUCUCGAGCCUUCUGUCGACCUUCGAAGAACAUCUCGGUCGUCAGUCCAACAACAUUAGAUCGGUACUGCAACUACAACGUCUCUUUGCCAAACCACGGGAGAUACUAACCCAUGUUGCAAAGACUGUUGACAAUGUGAAACAUGCGAGAAGCAAUGAACAGCUAUCUUCGCUGAUCCAUCAUCGUCUCCUGGAAGCCGAAGAGGGAGAUACUUACAUUCGCAAAUUAUCGUGCCAGAUCCUGCGCCAGGUCGCGCAGCCAAGCAUUGAUCUGUUGAGCGAAUGGGUUGGCAUUCGGCAAGAGCAGGAGACGGUCCCAUUCGCAGAUCGAGGCGGCUUCGUGGCUGUCAAUGAUAAUCCGGAGCAGCAAGGCCCCACCGAGUACAUAUAUCGCUCGGAGCUAAUGCCUCGGUUUGUUAGUCCUGAAGAUGGGAACACUGUGUUUGAGACCGGCAAUGCUCUUCGGUUUUUGAAGUAUCAUCAUCCGGAGCACCCACUGGCGUCGCUGCACAAAUUUGAUGUGCAGUCGCCGCAACUGGAGUGGAAGUUCGACUGGGAUGAUAUCGAGACUAUCUCGACCAAAGCGAAGGCAUAUGAGGAAGAGCUUCGGAAAGCUAUACUGGAGUUCUCGAAUGGUACAUCGACCCAGAAACACAAGAUAAUCGGUGCCAAAGACAGCUGUUGUCUGCAGCCCACAGACCAUGAGGAAUAUCUUCAAGACUCCAUGCGAUUCCUUGAUGGUCCACCCAAGCAGCUGUCAAGUGAACUGCCUGACGAACUAAAAGUUCUGACAGAACAAGUACUGCGAGGCCGGGAAGGGUCUCACUCAGCGGGCACCGAUACCUUCUCACCACCGCUGUCAAUAACUUCAACAUUGUCCUUUGGACCUCUUCUGUCAGCUCAGGCAAAGCUCGUCAAUGCGACCACUGUGCGUCUCUUUUUCCGUUCGCACAAGCUUCGUCUGCAUCUUGCCCUGCAGCGGCAGUACCAACUCUUCGGCGACGGCGUUUUCUCGUCCGGCCUGGCUUCAGCUCUCUUCGACCCUGAGCGCGAGAGUGCUGAACGGCACAAAGGCCAAAUGCGAAGCGGUGUCCACAUGGGACUGCAGCUGGGCGCUCGCGAAAGCUGGCCGCCAGCAAGUUCCGAAUUACGACUUGCCCUCAUGGGUCUUCUCAGUGAAAACUAUUACUCGUCUGCGCUUUACCAUUCUACGCAGGACGCCAAUGUAAUGCCAGCAACGGGUCGCGACAAAAACGAACUUCCUGGCCAGCUCAACUUCGCCGUUCGCCAGCUCGACGAGUCCGCCAUGGAGAGAAUCAUGGACCCAUAUGGACUGUACGCGCUCGACUUCUUGCGCCUGCAAUACGUUCCACCAAGCCCACUAAAUUUGGUCAUAACCUCCGUCGCAUUGGAAAAAUACGACUACAUCUUCAGAUUCCUACUCCGACUGCUGCGCAUGAUCUUUGUAGUCGCGCACUUACCACGUCAAUAUCCAGAUGUAGAUUCGCGCUGCUUCAGGACAGAAGCACACCACUUCGUCACUGCACUCUCAACAUACAUCUUCCAAACCGGCAUAGCAGAACACUGGGAUGGUUUCCAGUCCUACGUGACAACUCUCGAACACCGGCUUGCCGACGAAGACGCUGCGAACGAGCUCGGAGUCCGCGUCACAGAGGGUCUCGCCGCCAUCCGCGACGCCCACGAAAAGUGUCUCGACAGCAUCCUCUUCUCUCUCUUGUUACGCCGGCGCCAGCGCAAAGUCAUGGCACUCAUCGAAGAGAUCUUCGAGCUCAUCCUUCUCUUCGCGAAGAAGCAAAACGCUGAUACCAAAGUCGAAGACAGCAUCAAGGAUAUGUACCUCAAGCUUCGGGGCAAGAUAAAAGUCUUUCUGAACGUGUGCAGGCAGUUGACAGGAAAGAAAGGGUACGGCAAGGGAAAAGGCACAGCGGAGGAAGACACAAUGGAGAGGCUGGGCGUUUUGCUCGAGAUGAACACGUAUUUCUCGUAGAGAACGGCGUGAGCGCGACUCAAGCUUACGCGUGUCUCGUAUGUCCCUCCGCUUUGGGAACGCUAGCCGCCAUGGACAACGUCCCAGGGAACUAGGCAUCCAGUUUCGACACAACACAGACACACGCAAAGCUCGAAGCAACGUCAUUAUGGCUUCCCAAUCCCCAUAUAUAUAAUAUAAUUGUGUCACUUUCUUUCUUUUUGUGCAUGCGAACUGUCCCCCCCUCCCCCUCCCUUCUCCCCACACGCAGGUCGACCCACAAUGCGCACCCCGCGCACCCACUCCCUCGACAACCUCCGCACCUUCCUCACCGCUCUAGUAAUACUCCACCAUGCGUCUAUUCCCUACGGCGGCCUCGGCUCCUGGCCGUACAUCCCCUCCCCCUCCUCCCCUUCCGCAGAGCCAGGCCUCUCCUCCCUCGCGCUC